AUGUUUCGACCUGCCGUCUCCCUCGCUCGUACUUCCAUGAAGAGAACCAUGGCCACUGCUGCCGCUUCUGGAGAAAACGAAUUUGUAGCUAAACGCGCUGCCGUGAGGGAACAUGCUGCUCAAACCACUGAAUUAUGGCGUAAAAUCAGCUUUUACGUUUGUAUACCAGGUAUCGCGGUUGCCACUCUUUGGACUUGGAAAGCUGAGUCUGCUCAUGCGGAACAUAAAGCUCAUGCUAAGGCCGAGGGACAUGAACAUGAACGUGUCGUUUAUUCAUACAUGAACGUUCGUACCAAGCCUUUCCCCUGGGGCAACCAGUCUCUCUUCUUCAACCCCGAGGUCAACAUCCCUGCCGGUGAUGCAGAGUGA